UCGAACCAAAAGGCCAUUUUCAUUGCAAGCUCGCUAGCAAUGUUUUUGGUGGUUCCGGUGGACUAAAAUAACUUCAAGUUCAAAAGGGUAUGUUCAGGUUUCUUGGUUCUACUACUAGAAAACACUUCUCUUCUUCCUUGAAGAAAGGCAGCACCUUUAAUGCAAAGGCAAGUCUUGAUGUUAGUGAUGAAGGGAUUUAUGAUGAUGAGAAUUAUGAUAGUGAGCUUGUAGUUGAUGACUUGGCUUGUUUUAGAGGUCUUGUUCUUGAUAUUUCUUACAGGCCGAUCAAUGUUGUUUGCUGGAAGCGUGCUAUAUGUUUGGAGUUCAUGGAGAAGGCUGAUGUUCUAGAGUAUUAUGAUCAGACCGUGAACUCCCCAAGAGGAUCCUUCAACAUACCAGCUGUGUUAAGGAUUCCUCAUCUUCUGCAAGUUGUUAAGAGAAGAAAAAUCAGCACCAAUCUAAGCCGCAAAAGCGUUCUAUUUAGGGACAAUUUUACUUGUCAGUAUUAUUCUGCUCGCGGUAACUUGACCAUAGACCAUGUUCUUCCCGUUGCAAGAGGAGGUGAAUGGAAAUGGGAAAAUCUGGUAACUGCUUGUGCCAAGUGCAAUUCGAAGAAAGGCCGAAAAACUCUAGAGGAAGCGAAUAUGAAGCUGAUUAAGGUCCCCCAAGGCUCCCAAGGACUAUGACAUACUUGCGAUACCCCUAACAAGCGAGGCAAUACGGAUGUUGAGGACGAGAAACAAGACACCGGAAGAAUGGUGUCAGUAUCUCGUCUUCCACAGAGCCAUAGACGUUAAUCUAUG